AUGGCUGCACUGAGUUGUCUCUUGGACAGCGUUAGAAGGGACAUAAAGAAGGUGGACCGGGAGCUGAGGCAGCUGCGAUGCAUUGACGAGUGCACGCGGUGUCUGUGCGACUUGUACAUGCACCCCUACUGUUGCUGCGACCUGCACCCCUACCCCUACUGCCUCUGCUACUCCAAGCGGGCACGCUCCUGUGGCCUCUGCGAUCUCUACCCGUGCUGCCUGUGUGAUGUCAAGCUCUACUGCCUGCGACCGUCGCUCAGAAGUUUGGAGAGGAAAGCCAUUAGAGCCAUAGAGGACGAAAAGAGAGAGCUGGCCAAACUAAGAAGAACGACAAAUAGAAUCCUGGCCUCCUCUUGCUGUAGCAGUAACAUUUUAGGAUCAGUCAACGUGUGCGGCUUUGAGCCGGAUCAAGUCAAAGUUCGGGUGAAGGACGGCAAGGUGUGCGUGUCGGCGGAGCGGGAGAACAGGUACGACUGCCUCGGCUCCAAGAAGUACAGCUACAUGAACAUCUGCAAAGAGUUCAGCCUGCCGCCGUGCGUGGACGAGAAGGACGUGACGUACUCCUACGGGCUGGGCAGCUGCGUCAAGAUAGAGUCUCCAUGCUACCCCUGCACGUCUCCCUGCAACCCCUGCAACCCCUGCAGCCCCUGCAGCCCCUGCAGCCCCUGCAACCCUUGCAACCCCUGCGACCCCUGCAGCCCGUGCUAUCCCUGCGGGAGCCGAUUUUCCUGUAGAAAGAUGAUUUUGUAA